GCCGUGUCCGCGCAUGCCAGGUGUGAGCUGAGUCCCAACAGGAAGAUGGUGUCAGUCCCGAUCAGGAUGCGGUCGUGUGUGUUUUCAGUUUUGUUGCUGAACUUCUUGUGCAGCUCCGUGUCUUCUCUGUAUUUUCACAUCGGGGAGACCGAGAAGAAAUGUUUUAUCGAAGAGAUUCCGGACGAGACGAUGAUCAUCGGAAACUAUCGCACUCAGCUGUACGACAAGCAGAGAGAAGAAUAUCUGCCAGCAACCCAGGGUCUGGGGAUGUACGUGGAAGUCAAAGAUCCUGACGACAAGGUGAUUCUGUCUCGGCAGUACGGCUCUGAAGGUCGCUUCACCUUCACGUCUCACACUCCUGGAGAGCAUCAGAUCUGUCUGCACUCCAACUCCUCCAAGUUCUCGCUGUUCGCCGGAGGCAUGUUGAGGGUUCACCUGGACAUCCAGGUAGGAGAACACGCCAACAACUACGCUGAGAUCGCCGCCAAAGACAAGCUGACGGAGCUGCAGCUGAGAGUCCGACAGCUGGUGGAGCAGGUGGACCAGAUCCAGAAGGAGCAGAACUACCAGAGGUACCGGGAGGAGCGUUUCCGUCAGACCAGUGAGUCCACCAACCAGAGGGUCCUGUGGUGGUCCAUCGUCCAGACCCUCAUCCUGGUGGCCAUCGGCAUCUGGCAGAUGAGGCACCUCAAGAGCUUCUUCGAGGCCAAGAAACUGGUGUGAGAGUGUGUGUGUUUAUGUGUGUGUGUGAGAGUGUGUGUUUGGUCUCUACUGUCGGAUGCAGUACUGAGCGGCUGUGGGGAGAUGAACUGCAGGAGAGUACAACUGCAAAGACACACAAUGACCGCAAAGACACACAAUGACCACAAAGACACACAAAACAACCGCAAAGACACACAAAACAACCGUGAAGACACAAAACAAUCACAAAGACAGACAAAAUGACCACAAAAACACAAAAACAACCACAAAGAGACACAAAAUGACCACAAAAACACAAAAUGACAACAACGAUACACAAAGUGACGAGACACAAAACGACCACAAAGACCACCAAAAUAAUGACAAAGACAUACAAAGUGACGUCAAAGACACAAAAAGUGACGGAAAACAACUACAAAGAUGCAAAAGUGACAUCAAAGACACACAAAAAGUGACACAAAACGACUACAAAGACACAAAAAGUGACACAAAACGACUACAAAGACACAAAAAGUGACAUCAAAGACACAAAAAGUGACACAAAUCGACUACAAAGACACACAAAGUGACGGAAAACAACUACAAAGACACAAAAUGACAACAGAGACGCAUAAAAUAAUGACAAGGACACACAAAGUGACCACAGACACACAAAAUGACCACAAAGACACACAAAACGCUGCCGUGCUUCACUGUCAGGACUAUGCAUUUACUGCGGUAGUCCUGGUGUGUCACUUUGUGUGUCUUUCUGUGGUCAUUUUGUGUCUCUGUGGUCACUUUGUGUGUCUUUGCGUGCAUUUUGUGUGUCUUUGCGUGCAUUUUGUGUGUCUUUGUGGUCUCUACUGAUGGAUGCAGUACUGAGCGGCUGUCAGAAAGGAUCCAGCCGCAGCGUUUGUUUGAAAACAACACGUUUGUUGUUGUUGUUGUUUUGUCAGCAGCCCCUCCCCUGGAUCAUGUGUAUUUAUUACCGGCUCUGUUUUUGUCGUUUCCGGCCGCUGGAGAUGCUGUCGGAGGAAACUAAAGUCGGGUUUUCGGGCUGUCCAAGAAUUCUGCCGCUCGUUUUUUCUGCUGCACUUGAACUGAAUAAAAGUGGUGAAAUGCA